AUGGCAUCAUCGCUAAUCAUCUACCGCCGCACCUUGAGAGCACUCUCCACCAUCCACCACUCCUUUUCAUCAACUCUAACUCCCCCAAUCACCACCCACAUUUCAUCAUCAUCAUCGUCAUCAUGUUCACGUCGGGAAUCAUCACCGAACAUCAUCAACGUUCAAUCCCGUUCAUUCAGGUCUACAUCAAUUUCUCUUCUCUCCUCUCGUUAUACAGAAACCCCCGACGAGAUUGGUCCUGACACGAUCCUCUUUGAGGGUUGCGACUACAACCACUGGCUAUUCGUUAUGGAUUUUCCCAAAGAUAACAAGCCUUCACCCGAAGAAAUGAUUCGUACAUAUGAAGAGACUUGUGCUAAGGGUCUCAAUAUCAGUGUGGAAGAGGCAAAGAAGAAAAUUUAUGCUUGCAGCACAACCACUUACACUGGCUUUCAGGCCGUGGUCACUGAAGAAGAGUCCAAGAAAUUUGAAAGUCUUCCCGGAGUCAUCUUUGUGCUACCAGAUUCCUAUAUUGACCCUGUCAACAAGCAAUAUGGAGGAGAUCAGUACAUUGAUGGAACGAUCAUCCCUCGACCUCCACCCGUACAAUAUGGGAGACACCAAGGAGGAGGAAGACGAGACUUUAAUCGACAAGGACAAGGGAAUCCCUCUUACAAUAAUCAGGGUGGAAGAAACUACGGACCUUCACAAAACUAUCCACCCCAACAAGGAUCACAAGGAUAUCAACCCCAACAGAGCCAACCCCAACAGAGCCAUGGUCAAACAUCGCAAGGAUAUCCACCCCAACAAAAUUAUUCACCCCCACGUAACAUUGAUCAAGCACCACAGAAUUACUCCCAACAACAAACGUUUGUUUCUGCUCCACCACAACAGAGCUUUGGAUCACCAGGACAAGGAGAAAGAAGAAAUUAUGUGCCGCAACAGAACUUCGGACCACCAGGACAAGGAGAAAGAAGAAAUUAUGUGCCGCCACAGAACUUCGGACCUCCAGGACUAGGAGAAAGAAGAGAUUAUGCCCCACAGCAGAACUUCGGGCCACCAGGGCAAGGAGAUAGAAGAAAUUUUGCACCACAACAGAACUUCGGACCACCAGGACAAGGAGAAAGAGGAAAUUUUGCUCCACAGCAGAACUUUGGACAACCAGGACAAGGAGAAAGAGGAAAUUUUGCUCCACAGCAGAACUUUGGACAACCAGGACAAGGAGAAAGAGGAAAUUUUGCUCCACAGCAGAACUUUGGACAACCAGGACAAGGAGAAAAAGGAAAUUUUGCUCCACAACAGAACUUUGGACCACCAGGACAAGGAGAAAGAAGAGACUCUGUGCCUAGUGAAGGUGGAUGGGAUUUCAAACCGUCAUAUAUGGAGGAAUUUGAACAAGCCAAUAAGGGGAAUCAGCAUGCCAAUGAACAGUCAGGUUCCCAACAAAGAUUUCCACCUCCAGGCCCAGGAAAUUUUACUGGCGAGGGAAGAUAUUGA